CGUACCGUAUAGUACAAUUUAUAGAUCUCUACUACGACUACACCUGUUGAAUUACCGCAUCGCGAAUCGGCAACCGUCUGCGGGUUUUCUCGAUCACAGUGUGUGUGUGUGGGUACGUGCGUGUGCGGACAUAGAGUUUCGACGGACGCGACUAGUACACCCGGUUUGUCGAGCGCGUCGACACUCGCCCGCGAGUCGAACACGGCGUAGUACGUUAUUGUAAUAUCGUUUUUUUUAUUUUCGAAUUAAAAUUGACGACGAUUCGGUACACUUUAUACAGUCACCACUCAUAUCGUACACGUCCAGUCCGCGGUGCAAAUAAUUAUUAUCUGUUAUAUCAUACAUACAAUAAUAUAAACUAUAUUAGUAUUAAUAUUAUAGUCGAUGAUAAUAAUUAUAACGAUAAUUGGUUACCCAUCGGAAAUAAUAUAAUAUUAUAAUAUCGUACGAAGAGCGCGACUCGGACUCGGACGAUAUUAUUGUUGUCGCAUACGAUAAUCACAUAAUAUUUUAAAAUUUAAACCGUUGCGUGUGUGUUUACUAUUUUCUAUUUUUCACGAAUCGAUUCGUCGUUUCCAGCGAUCUAUCCACUGCAACCGGCACGCACAGACAUCGUCACCGCCGAGAACAUAUUAUAAUAUUGUUAUUAUCGUGCCACAAUAACGAAACGAUUUUUGGUGAUCCAUCGUCGCCGCACGUCAUAGAUCAUCGCACACCGACCGGAACUAUCACCUGCUCCGAGCCCUGAGGACACGCGGACGCCGUCACCAUGAAGUUCACGCUCUCCGAAUGGAUAAUAUUGGCUGUGGUCGGGUCCGUGCACUUUUGUUGCGCCAUUUGUAUAUCGUUGCAGGCGCCUUUCUACCCCGAAGAAGCGGAGAAAAAAGGAUGUACAGCUACAGAAUACGGCUUCGUUUUCGGCAGUUUCGAACUGGUGACAUUCAUUUCGUCUCCAGUUUUUGGAAGCCUGGUACAAAAGGUUGGGCUGAAAUAUAUGUUGGUGAUUGGCAUCGUAUUGAACGCUCUGUCGACCAUAGCUUUCGGAUAUUUGACGUACAUCGACGAAAGAAACAUUUUCUUACUGUUAUCGCUGUGCCUUAGGGUGUUGGAGUCUUUGGGCGCUACAGGAGCAAUGGUAGCCACGUUCUCGCUGACUGCCAUUUCUUUUCCCGAAUCGGUUGCCAGCACUUUCUCCGCUCUUGAAGUAUGUUACGGAAUGGGAUACAUCGUCGGACCAACUCUCGGCGCUUUGCUGUUCGAGGUUGGUGGAUUUUCACUUCCGUUUGUGGUCAUGGGCGUCGUCACACUUGGAAUGUCGUUUCUGGUGUGCAUUUUAAUAAAAAAAGGCGUGCCCAGUCCGACUAAGGCUAAUGCAAAAGUAACACACCUCAUGAGCGUCCCUACAGUACUCGUAAAUUCUAUCGCAACAGUGAUAACAGCCACAGCUAUGGGAUACUAUUCAGCCACAUUGGAGCCACACAUUCGCGGUUUUGGACUUUCAUCGGUAGAAGUUGGAUUCGUGUUCAUCAUCACCGGCGGAACGUACGCACUGAUAGCGCCUGUCAUCGGAUACGUUUGCGACACCGGAUUGAAUCCCAAAAAAAUUAUGAUCAUCGGCACAAUCCUGACCGUCAUCAGCUACUCCUUAGUCGGACCGGCGCCGUUCAUGCCGAUAGAAAAGUACGGACGAACAGUAUUAAUAUUACGAUGUUUAACUGUUUUUUUUGGUACCUAGAUUACAUAUCUAUUU